AUGCGACUCUUGACCACAGUUCUCCCUUGGAUCUUCGUCCUUCUUUCCACCUCAGAAGCCGGCUCCUUCUCACCUGAAAUACCAUUCCUCAAUAAACACAAGGUCCAAUUCACCCUCUUUCCAGUUUCCUCCUUCACACCCUACAACACAACUGUCCACACAAACAUCACAGUCGAUUUCCCCAUCAAUAGGCCACAAGAAAUCACCGAAGAACCGCUCAAAACACAACUUAGCCAGUCUAUCGAAUUCGUGGCGGUACUUGGACCGAGCACGGGGGGACCCAAUACCAAUGAAAGAUGUCAUAUCUUUACUGAGCCGAAUAAUGAGAGCAGAAGGGCCUUCGAGGUGGGAAGCGAUAGGGUGGAUAUUGGUGGUGGUAUAAGGCCCGGUGAGACUAUUGCUAUGGUGGAUUGCUUUCUGCUCGACGAUGCUGGGAAGAGGAUUGGUACUUCGUGUCUCGUGUCUGAUGAUUGUAUAUCGACUGCCUAG